UCCCUUCGAGGUUUGAACGUGCGGGUCUUGCCACUGGAUAAGCCGACGCGUUAGUUCAUGGUCUUGCUGUUGGAAGGACUACUGACAGUCCGAAGAAUGAAGACAUGUCGCCGAUGACUGAGAUCUACGAUAUCACGCUGUCUAACCCCGAGUGUCAAAGGUGCCGAAGAUGCCUGUGGUUCGCCGCUUGAAAGUGCUCGUUAUGCCAGAAGCUUGCGCGUCCCGCUGAUGUAGGAUGAGGCCUUGAGGUCCCUAAGAAUUCAAUUUUCAAUUCACGCAAAGAUAAUCUUGCUCCUCUCAGGAAUAGGAGGGGCGCCGCUUGACUCGGAACUGGAGCCCCGGGGAACGAAAACUUUAGAUAUAUAAAGGUGAUAACGGCCGUGAAAUCACACAUCCAUCCAUCUCACUGAACGUCAUGACAAAACGCAUCCUCUUUGUUUUCACAUCUGCAAACAAAACGUUGACAGGUGCCAGCACGGGAUGGUACCUUCCUGAAGCUGCUCAUCCUUACUACAUCCUCGCGCCUUAUUUCACUAUCGAUUUUGCCUCGCCUGCGGGUCCUAAUCCGCCCGUGGAUGAAAGAAGCGUCCAGGCAUUCCCGGACGACAUAGGCAAAUUCCUUGAAAGCCCCGAGGUCCAGAAGAAGCUCUCGACAGCUAAAAGGCUCUCCGAGGUUAACCCCGAUGAUUAUGAUGCGAUUUUCUAUGUAGGAGGUCAUGGUCCCGUCUUGGAUCUGGCAGUGGAUCCCGUCAAUAUCCAGCUUGCAUCCAAAUUCUACCGUGCUGGAAAAUUGGUCACCGCUGUUUGCCACGGACCAGCUGCCCUUGUUGGCGCGACUGACGAGUCUGGCAAAUCCAUCUUUGCUGGUAAACCUUUCACUGGUUUCUCAAAUGUUGAAGAAGAGCAAGUCGACAAAGUGAAGGAUAUACCGUUCUUGUUGGAGGACAAAAUCACCAGUCUCGGGGGCAAAUACGAGAAAGCAGCAGAGCCUUGGGCACCCAAGGUCGUCGUUGCUGGUAACUUGAUCACAGGGCAAAACCCGGCUUCAGCUCAUCCGAUUGGAGAAGCCAUUCUCCAAGCCUUGCAGAAAUAAGUGGAAGCACAAUCGUCCUAAAAACGGUCUCUUAAACGAUCACUUGUACCUUGCAGUAUGAACACGAGAAUAUUAAAAAUUAGUACAAAUUUUCGCGGGUACGACCUACAACUAUAUUAAAUAUAGGCUACAGACAUCUUCCAGCCCUUUUUUAGUGUGAAGCCAUCCAGGGCCUCUUUUGCAGUCGAUGCAAGUUCGGGGGAGUCGAAGAAAACUUGCGCCAUUUUUACACUUGCACCAGCAGCAUUUGGAGUUGGUGACUGAACGACAUGCGUUGACUGAAAACCCUUGUACCUAUUUGCAAU